AUAUAUAUAUUUUUUUUUUUUUUAUUUUGGGUUUUGGGUUGGGUUCGGGUUGAGCCGAGCCCAACCUUAAUAUGUCUGGAUUUUGUGAAUUUAAAGCCCAAAUUUCAAAUUUUUUGGAUUGGGAUUGGGCUGGGCUGGGUUAGCCCGCCCAAGUUGCAGCCCUGGGAUCGUUCGCAUGAUCGAGAGAAGAACCUUACUUGAACAUGCUUUUACUCGGUAACUUAAACACGCUUUAUUAAAAAAUGAAAAUAAAAUAGAACUUAAAUUCCUCACGCGCCCGAACUUCUUAUAAAAUGAAAUCAGAAGAUUGAGGAACCCAAAUACUCUCGAUAUUCAGUUAAUUGGGUUUUUCUGUUAAAAAGAAUAUAGAUUUGGGUUUUUUUUUUUUUUUUUUUUUUUUUUGUUUCUUCCUGUGCAUAAUAAACUUGAGAUUUAGUAAAAUUUGAGCACUUCCUGAUAUUUCUACUACAUUUGAUGGUGUUGGAGUUCAUUGAGGGGGCUGCAUUGGAAGCAGCAUUUGGUGAAUUACUGAAAGCUGUGCUGGAUGUCAAAGGCAAAACCAUCAACUUCAAGUCCAACCUCGACCAACUCGAAUCACGACUCAAUUCACUCCAACCACUUGUACGCCAAAUUGCGAACUUGGACAGAGAACUGGACUUUCGGGGGGAAGAAGCCAAAAUGUUCACCGGUAGGUUGAAAGAGGCUGCGAAGCUGGUCCGCAAGUGCUCUAAAACUGUUUGCUUGAAUUGUUUCAAGAGGUCUUCCUACUCGAAGAAACUCGUCGAAAUGGAAGAUUUGCUUGGGAUAUUCUUUCAGACCAAUGUCCAAGCUCUGGAGACAAUGGAGAGCAGGAAGAUUAUGGUGAAGGUGAAUGAAAUAGAUGUGAAAUUGCGUAGAAUGUCGUCAAGUAUGAAGAAAGGUGGACAGGUUUGUGAUCCGAGUGUGUUUGUAGGUUCGUGUGGAGCUCCGGGGGUUCCCAAUAUUGUUGUUGGACUAGAUGUGCCUCUUCAAGAAUUGAAGAUGAAGUUGCUAAAGGAUGGUGUCCAGGUGGUUGUGCUUUCAGCUCCUGGAGGAUGUGGGAAGACUACAUUGGCAAAAAUGCUCUGCCAUGAUGCCGAAAUUGAAGGAAAAUCUAGGGACAAUAUUUUCUUUGUCACGGUUUCAAAGACACCCAACCUCAAGGCCAUUGUUCGCAACAUGUUUCAACAUAAGAAUUUUCAGGUGCCUGAGUUUCAAAAUGAUGAUGAUGCAAUUGACAAAUUGGGAAACUUGCUGAGCCAGAAUGAAAUAGGAACAAGUCCUAAGUUGUUGGUCCUAGAUGAUGUAUGGUCUGGAUCAGAAUCCCUUAUUCAGAAAUUCAUGUUCCCAAUACCAGAAUACAAAAUAUUGGUUACAUCAAGAUUUGUAUUUCCUAGAUUUGAUUCUACGUAUAAAUUGGAGCGGUUGAAUGAUCAGAAUGCCAUGACUCUUUUUCGUAAUUCAGCAUUUCCUCAAGGUGGGAGCUCCAACAUACCAGAUGAUCUUGUCAACGAGAUAGUGAGAGGCUGUAAAGGAUUCCCACUGGCCCUUACAGUGGUUGGUGGAUCACUCUGUGGACAACCUGAGGUGUUCUGGAGAUGUACAUUGAAGCAAUGGUCUGAAGGACAAUCCAUUUUUGAUUCCAACAGUGAUCUGCUUAUUUCUCUCCAAACUAGCAUAGAUGCCUUGGGUGAAAAAACUAAUGGCAAGGAGUAUUUCCUGGACCUAGGUUCAUUUCCUGAAGAUCAAAGGAUCCCUGCCACCGCUCUUAUCGAUAUUUGGGUGGAACUAUACAACCUAGAUGAAAUCCGUGCUCUUGCCAACAUCUAUGAACUAUCCACCCGAAAUUUGGUUAAUCUUGUUCUUACAAGGAAAGAUGCAAUUGAGGUUGAUGGCAAUGAGCAUUUUGUCACGCAGCAUGAUCUGCUGAGAGAGCUGGCUAUUCACCAGAGCAGCCUAGAGCCUGUAGAACAGAGGAAAAGGUUAAUUAUAGACAUAAGAGGAAAUGACCUUCCCAAUUGGUCGAUUGAACAAAUGCAACAACCCUUCCAUGCCCGUCUCUUGUCCAUCUCUACAGAUGAAACAUUCUCGUCAGGCUGGUACAAUAUCCAACUACCUGAAGUUAAAGUUCUAAUAUUGAAUUUCCGGACAAAGAACUACAGCCUACCUGAAUUCAUCGAGAAAAUGGACCAAUUGAAGGUUCUGAUCAUCACGAAUUAUGGUUUCUGCCCAGCUAAACUGAGCAACUCUCCCCUACUUGAUCCUUUGUCCAGUCUAAAGAGAAUCAGGCUAGAGAAUAUUUCAGUUUCUUUCCUUGGUAAAUCCACUUUACAAUUCACGAAUUUGCAGAAGAUAUCCUUGAUUAUGUGUGAGAUUGGCGACGCCUUUAAAAACUGUACCAUCGAUGUCCCCCAUAUGUUCCCUAAUCUUUUGGAGAUUGAUAUCGACUGUUGCAUUGAUUUAGUUGAAUUGCCUGAGGGGCUUUGUGACCUUCCUUGCCUUAAGAAGCUCAGCAUCACUAAAUGUCAUGAUUUGGAAGCGCUCCCUGAAGGAUUUGGAAGGCUAACAAGUUUGGAAAUGCUGAGGCUUCAUGCCUGUACAAGCCUUUUGGGGCUACCUGAGUCAGUCGGUAGCCUCCAUGAAUUAAGAGUUCUUGAUAUUUCUGACUGUUUAAGCAUGAGUAAAUUGCCAAUGGGGAUCGGUGGGUUGUGUGGUUUGAAAAAGCUCGACAUGAGAGGUUGUGAAUUUCAUAAGUUGACGCCAUCAGUAAAGGAUCUUUGGCAAUUAAAGGAUGUGAUAUGCAACGAAGAAGCUUCUGAUCUCUGGGAACCUUUUAAGACUUAUCUCACCAAUCUGAAGAUAAAUGUGCUUAAUGAAGACAUCAAUUUGAACUGGCUUCCCAAUCUAAACGUCUGAGGAACCGGACCGAAUUCAUAUGACGUCAUGGUGACAUCAUAUAGUGGACUUUAUCACUCCACUCACAUAAAUUGAAGUCGAUAACUACUGAAUUCUGUCCUUAAAUUAUUAUUCAUAAAAAAAAUAAAAUUUGAUGUCUAACGGUAUAUAUAUUUAUUUUCAGUUAUUUUGUUUACCUUAAUGUUGUUACAUAUUUUGUGUUUGUGGGUGUUGCCAUUACAAUCUUCAAUGAACAAGAUGGCAUAGAGUUGGUUUUGAAUAUGCUUGAAGGAAGAGAAUUCCUCGAGCAAUUCUAUCCUGCUCGCUAGAAAUGGUGGUUGAGCCACUCCUCUGUAGGUGGUUCUUGUUUACGGUAUAAAGCUAAUAAAAUAGCAAUAAAGCAUAUUGUCUUGCCUGUUGUCACAUGUUCACAGCCCCCGAUGUUUGGAUUUGGUUGUCUAUGAUGCGGAUAUGUAUGUC